AUGAAUAUUAAGUUUGUCACACCUAAUAUGUUUAAUAUGAGCGCCGGAUUCGGCGAUUAUUGCGCACUGCCGCUGUUAGCAGUGUUGAUUCUCUUUAUAUUGUUUACCGGAUGCGAUUUCUCCUCCUUCACUGGAGGAAGGAAAGUUGUAAAUAACCUGGCUGAAAAGAAGCAAUCAUACAAGCGGGAAAUCGAGAACUUCAGAGUUGAACAGAAGGAUAAAAUUGAAGUUCUCGAAUAUGAAAAUAACCCAUUAAAGGAAGUGGUCCUGGCUCAGACUAUAGCGAUGCAUCAAAGGAACCGCGAGAUCGAGUCGCUGAUUAAACUCGUGGAGGGAAUACGACAUAAGAGCACGAAUUCAGGAGAGGAAAAGGAAGGCGAAGGCGACAGUCCGAAAUAUGAUGCUAGACUCGAGCGUCUCCACCGCUUAAUUCUUGAGAUGAGCAGCGAGAUGGUGGGACUCCGAUUAGAUAUCGAAGAAAAAGUCGACACAAUUAGCAAGCUGAAUGGGGAAGUUUCCCGGCGAGAAAAGUGUAAUGAAGAACUGGCCGAAGAAAUCCAAAGGAAAGAUGAGAGACACCGAGAAAUGGAAAAUCGGCUCGCGACGGCUAAUGAGAAGAUAGUCAUGUUGCAACGCGAGCUCUUGAACGAACAAAAUAAAACAAAGUUGUCGGAAAAGGGGCCAGCAGAGAAGGAUAACAGCAUCGAAUCUCUGACGACGUGUAACGUGCAAAGGCCUGUGGAUGGAAAGACAAAGACUUCAGAGGAAUUGCAAGAACUGAGAGGAGAAGUGGCUGCGGCAAAUGCCAAGAUAGACAGACUUCAGGAGGACAACUGCCUAAAGGAGAAACGCCUCUCAGAGGUAGAAAGACGACUGGAACACCUGGCAAGCCAAUUCGAGGAGAGGAAUGCAGCAGCAGCAGCAGAGACUCUGAAGAUGGAGGGACCGGGAGAGAGACUUAGGGAAGAGAGGCACUCUCAAGAGACAGAAUUAUGCGAGAUCAGUGCCCCGUUCCACCAAAGUCUCCUCGGAGCGGAAUUGGCAAUCGAGUUAGGAAGACUUAAGGAUCAACUGAGUAAGGACAAGGAAAGGAGAAUUCAAUUCACGCGUAUGGGAGGACACGUAGAAACGCCGGGGCAACUGCAAAGUUCUGAAGCAAAUGACAGUUUAAAUAGCAUCAUUGAAUGCCUCAAUGGCAAAGAGUUAGAGGAGGUUCUAAGGUCAACGGACAUGGAUACGAAGAGUUUAAGUGAAGCGAUUGAUCACCUCUUGAAACUGGUGACCCAAGAGAAUACCAAGAGCAGGGCGGCUGCUUCGCAAAUGGUUGCCGACCUUAAAAAACAAAAGAGGCUCCUUGGGUUCAGGGGGGAAGAUAUGGCCAAGAAAGUACAUCUUGAUACUCACAUCCACGUCCUUAACAAAGCGCGAGGAAAAGACAUGCAAACCCAGUUGGAUAAGAUUCUCGGAUGUAUGUGUCAAUCAAAACCUGCCGCUGAGGACGUCAACAUUCCAGAGAACAAUGCCCCAAUUGCUCAAAAAGAUCUACUCAUGACGAACGAAAGGGACUCGUUUCAGGUAGAGGGAGCAGCCUUCAGUUGGGAUGAAGAAGCACUCCGUAGGGAUAGAAAGAUCCUUAACAAGGAGUUGAUGUCCCAUCUUAGGGAGAAAGUAGCCUUUUCUGCAGAAAGAAAAGCCUUUGCUACAGAAAGAGAAGCCUUUGCUGCAGAAAGAGAAGCCUUUGCUGCAGAAAGAGAAGCCUUUAACAAAAACAAAGAAAAACUUGACGAGGACAAGAAUGCUUUACAAAGACAACUGGAAAAAUUUGAAAAGGAGAAAGAGAGCAUCAAUCGACUCUUUCAUGAACUCAUACUCUUUGAACAAACAAAAGCAAUUUUUUAUCAAGAGAGAGAAGAGUUAGAAAAGGUAAAGGAAGCUGUUUACAAAAGAGAACAGGUGGCGAAUGAGUGCUUGAUGAGGGUAGAAAAAUUGAUGGGGAAAGUGGAGGGAAGGGAAGAUUUGAAUGGGUACGUGAAAAACGAGAAUGAAGUUCAGAUGGAGCAAAAGAUUGAGGAACUUGAAGAGAUCAUAAGACAACAACAAACGAUGCUCGAAAAAUGUGAGGCCACCAAAUGUGAGCUUUUACAAGUAAUACAGGAAAGGGAAGCUUUGAAUGGGUACGUGAAAAACGAGAAUGAAGUUCAGAUGGAGCAAAAGAUUGAGGAACUUGAAGAGAUCAUAAGACAACAACAAACGAUGCUCGAAAAAUGUGAGGCCACCAAAUGCGAGCUUUUACAAGUAAUACAGGAAAGGGAAGCUUUGAAUGGGUAUGUGAAAAACGAGAAUGAAGUUCAGAUGGAGCAAAAGAUUGAGGAACUUGAAGAGAUCAUAAGACAACAACAAACGAUGCUCGAAAAAUGUGAGGCCACCAAAUGUGAGCUUUUACAAGUAAUACAGGAAAGGGAAGCUUUGAAUGGGUACGUGAAAAACGAGAAUGAAGUUCAGAUGGAGCAAAAGAUUGAGGAACUUGAAGAGAUCAUAAGACAACAACAAACGAUGCUCGAAAAAUGUGAGGCCACCAAAUGUGAGCUUUUACAAGUAAUACAGGAAAGGGAAGAUUUGAAUGGGUACGUGAAAAACGAGAAUGAAGUUCAGAUGGAGCAAAAGAUUGAGGAACUUGAAGAGAUCAUAAGACAACAACAAACGAUGCUCGAAAAAUGUGAGACCACCAAAUGUGAGCUUUUACAAGCAAUACAGGAAAGGGAAGAUUUGAAUGGGUACGUGAAAAACGAGAAUGAAGUUCAGAUGGAGCAAAAGAUUGAGGAACUUGAAGAGAUCAUAAGACAACAACAACGAUGCUCGAAAAAUUUCAGACCACCAAAAUUGUGA